CUUCAAGUUGACGAAACAAGGACAACAAAAACCCUCUCAAGUCUCUGUAAAAACCCUAAGCCUGCUCCGAUGGCGAGCCUUCGAUGCAUUCGCGAGUUGAGCCGCCGCGCCAUGACGGUUUUAUCGAUCAGCCAAACAUGUUUGAUCUCUUCAAUUCGGGGAUUAGAGCUUUCCGGUACCAGCAUUACUCAUGCGGCCCCAAUCCAGAAUCGAUCUCUCACUUGGGACUUCCCUUGGUACAGUCGUUCCCAAGGUCGCCAUUUCGCUUCGAAAACAAACGAUACUGAUGAAAGCAGCGAUGGAGAAGAUGAGGAUGAGGAGGAUUCGGCGGAGAUGGAAGUAGAAAGGGAAUAUUCACCGGCGGAGAAAGUGGAGGCGGCGGCGGAGAUAGGGUACAAAGUGAUGGGUCCUCUCAAACCUUCCGAGCGACUCUUCAAACCAUAUGAACCAGUCUUUGCCGUUGUUCAGAUUGGUUCGCAUCAGUUCAAAGUGAGCAACGGCGAUUCCAUUUUCACAGAGAAGUUGAAUUUCUGUGACAUCAAUGAUAAGUUGACACUGACCAAGGUUCUUCUAUUGGGAUCGGCAAGCCAGACGAUUAUUGGUAGGCCUAUCUUGCCUGAUGCUACUGUUCAUGCUCUUGUGGAGGAGCAUGCAUUAGAUGAAAAAGUGCUCAUUUUCAAAAAGAAACGGAGGAAGAAUUAUAGGAGAACCACAGGACAUCGACAGGAAUUAACAAAGUUGAGAAUAACGGAUAUACAAGGAAUUGAGAAACCAGAACCAAAGAUUGUCCAUAAACCUUCCAAGGCAGUUGAUACAGAGCAGCCAGAGGCUGAGCUUGUUGGUUAGAAACUUAGAGAGAAGAAUUGCUUCCUUUUUUGUUGUUGCUGAUGCUUAUACUUUGAAGUUUUUCUUAGAACUAGUCGCUGAAGAGAAAGAAUAAGGCCUUUGUUUGGUAGUAAGUGGUGAUUACAAAGCUCCUAAGACAUGAACGUGACUGCCUUAGUUAUCUGAGAUUUCUCGCCACUGUUUCAUUUUACUUUGCUCUUCAUUUGUAAUGGAACUCGCUCAAGCUUCUGGAUAUUGUUUGUUUUUGUUUCAAAAUUCAUAAAUAAAAAAUUUGCGGAAAAA